GCCGUUCUUGCUGUCUUUCCGAUAUGCUUUUGUAACGUUAGAUUUAGCCAGCCAAAUAACAUUUAAGAUUUGCCAAUUUAUACCGUUUAUAUCUAGUUAGCUCGUUAGCUUGCUAAUGUUGAUGUUACUUUAAUCAAAGAAUAUUAAUAGUCAGCGUGAGCAUUAUUCCUGACGACAGAAUGUCAGCUAUCCGAUAAGUUUUAUCUGUCAACAUAAUUUUAAAGGUAAUGUCAUUUUUAUCUAUCCCCCAGUAACACACAUAUCAAUGCAGCUAUUUGACCAGUUCUGAAUGCAAUUACAACAAUGGCAGGCCAACCUUUUCUUUCAAAUUCUUGUGGCUUUUUCAUGAAGGGCUUUAGCGAUAUGCUAGCUAGGUCAAUAACGUAGGCUGAAACAAAAUCCGGCCAACUGAUCUUAGGUACUGCAUUGUUGAUUGUCCUCGCCAAUUUGAAAUUUAAGGAGCCGCCACCGCAGGACUAACGUUAAUUGAUCACAUGCCAGCUUAUCCACACUAGGGAUAGACUACUGUGGAGAAAUAGGGUUUUAGGUGCUGUACCCAAAGCCCUGUUGAGCGUUCUUCGCACUGCUGUGCUAGAGGGGUGGGGCGGCAGUGUGAGCCCUCCUGCCCAAAACCCCAGUUCCUGACGGAGAAGGAAGCAGCCUCUCGUUUCCCACUGGCUACCCCUAAUUACCCCCACGUUCCAACUCCCCGGCUGGCUCGCUUGCUUUGUUGGACUGCACACCAGUUGUGGGUACACCUCCAUUGUUGUGCAGAUCUGGGGUUUUGCACCGGAGGUUGCCCCAGUAAAGCAGCGUGCUUUACCAAAAGGAGUAUUAGUGACUUUUUCACCCUAGUCUGGCAGCCUGGCUGCACAACACACCCAGAUGAAUGAAGACCCCAUUCGGGAAGAGUGCGGGACAGAGAUCACGAGCUGAUGCAGUAGGGCAUGCAGGUGUGUCUGCAAAUAUGAUGAAGAAAAAGAACUCUCACAAAAAACACAAGGCCAACCUGGGGCCUAACAAGCCUGUGUCACAGCCGCGGCGAAACAUUGUGGGCUGCCGUAUACAGCACAUCUGGAAGGAGGGGAGUGGCGCAGCCUCGCAAUGGAAGGGUACUGUGCUGGACCAGGUGCCCGUUAACCCCUCGCUCUACCUGAUCAAAUACGACGGCUUUGACUGCGUCUACGGGCUGGAGCUGCACAAGGACGAGCGCGUCCAGGGUCUCGAGGUGCUGCCUGACCGGCUCGCAUCCUCGCGCAUUAGCGAUGCGCACUUGGCAGACACCAUGAUCGGGAAGGCAGUGGAACACAUGUUUGAGACGGAGGAUGGUUCUAAGGAUGAGUGGCGGGGUAUGGUCCUAGCCCGAGCGCCCAUUAUGAACACUUGGUUCUAUAUUACCUACGAGAAGGACCCAGUUCUCUACAUGUAUCAGCUCCUAGAUGACUACAAGGAUGGAGACCUACGCAUCAUGCCUGACUCAAAUGACUCCCCACCGGCGGAGAGGGAGCCCGGCGAGGUGGUGGACAGCCUGGUGGGCAAACAGGUGGAAUACGCCAAAGAGGACGGCUCCAAACGGACUGGUAUGGUCAUCCACCAGGUUGAAGCCAAGCCCUCUGUCUAUUUCAUCAAGUUCGAUGACGACUUUCACAUCUACGUUUACGACCUUGUAAAAACCUCCUAGGCUCCCAGUGGAUUGAGUAGGAGCAGGCUUUUGGGAGGAGGUUGGUUGCAGUUACGUGUGGAGUUGGAGGAGAGGAUCUGUCAGAGAAACGAAAAAAGAAAAAGAAAAACAUAAUCCAUUGAGUUUUGCCAAACUUUUUUCUCAAGCGUUUCAUUGUGACAUCUUUAACUGAGACGAGAUGGGACAUUUCACUGGAGCCUUUAGAUUGCCACUAGUUGAGCGUCUGAUUGUUUUGGGAGCGAAAGCACGAGAGGAAGCUCUGUGUAGCACGACGCUCAGCUGUCACACAAGAAGAAUUAGGUGAAGGAACCAAGUUCUCUUAAGGCUGUCUGACCUUAACAAACCUUAAGAAGAUCUUUCAAGAUGUACCAUCAUCCUGACUUAAACAGUGAAGAGAGAGAAAGAUCUAAUGCCUGAUGGGACCUUGCACUCUGCAUUUUUUGUCAGCUCUGGUCAUUGAUUCUCAUUGGGUUAAAUGUGGCCAAUGACUCCAGCGACUGUCGGUAGGAGAGCGGCCUCACACACCUGUUCAGUUUCUAUGGUGUUCUGAUCUGCAUCACCCAGUCACACUUUAUCAGAGAUUUGAAAACACGGUUAUUUAUCGUCGUUUGAAAACGCGGUUAUUUAUCGUUGUUUGUUUGUUUAUUUGUUUCUUUCUUUUCUUUUCGGAACUUAAUGUAUGCAGUGUGCAAAUCCCAGCACAGGUCUGUCUUAUUCUGAUUUUUGUUUUGUUUACUUGGUUCUGUAUCUGUUCAAAAACGUCUUGAUAAACAGCAUACUCAAUGUUGCAGACCUACAACUCUAUGCUGAUGCAGUUUGUUUUAUUACAGUUUUGUCUUAAGCACUAAUUUUCAGAUUAUCUCUGUAAGAGAGAAUUGGAGCACUUGAACAUUCUGUGUUAUUGUUCCUCUUUGUGAUUUAAUCAGAUUUGGUCACUUUUGAAUUAUUUUUUAAAUGAACAAAAUUGAUUGGAUUUGUUUCUUGUUUUAAUUGACUGAGGUUUGUAUGUCUUUGAAAGUCCCUUAACAUUUCAUUUGUUUAUGAUUAUGAAAUAUUUAAGAAGAGUAACAAUCAUAAGUAGCACAAUGAUUAUUUGUAUCUUUUUUGUGAAGUUCACAAAGUGAUUAUUCUGCACAUUGUUUGCCUUUUUUCAAAGAUAUUUUACAUCUAGGUAUUUUUUUUAUUUACUCCAUUUUUAUUUUAAAAUUAAAAGGUUUGUGUGCAUCAUCUCAAAAUGUUACUCAUACCCUUAAAAAUAUUCAGACUGCAGAGAUGUGUGUAGUAUUUCAUUUUCUUAGACCGCACUCAACAAAUCAGCAAAAGAUAAUUAGAAAAGGCACGUGUUCAGAUUACAUUGCUCUUCCAAUUUGUUCAUGUUUGAGAAACAUUUGUUUUGAAAAACGUAUUAGCCGCCUUCACUCUCUCUCUUUGCCUCAAUUUGAGCCUAAAUAUUUGUGCCUCAUCGUUAACCAUUGAAUGGUUAGUCAUUAUUUAACUCUAUAUUUUAGGCCUUCGUUUUUUUGUUUUGUCUUGUUAUAUUUUUUUGUUGUCAUUUCCAUUUUUCUCCCAGAAGUUAGUGCACCGGAGGACCAGGGCCCCCUGUUGGAAUGUUACAAUCCUUCUUAGCUGCCCAGCAGAGUCUCAGAAAAUAAGUCCCAGAUGUUACUCAUUACCUCACACUCACAGAGUAGUGUUCAAGUGUAUUCUGCUCCUGACACACAUUUUUCUCCUCGCCUCUCCAGCCUAUCUGUGACUGUGCACUACGAGAACACACCAACCAAGUCUCUGAAGUGGCUUCAGUGGUGUCCUGUGUUCUCAUGAGGGAAAGAAAAAACACAAACCAUGUUCAUGCCUUGUAGCUUAUGGGGUGGGAGUGGAUUUUUUUGUAUACAUGUUCAUGGUUUAUUCAUGGCGUUCUCACUUGCAAAUUUGUUACUGUUUUAGUUCCCACAACCAAAAUAGUCUGAUGUAGCUUUCUGAUGUAGGAGAGUCGCUGAUCCUGAGGUGUUGAUUGACAGUGGCAGCUUGUCUAACCAAAAUACUAAAUCAAACACAAGUUUGGGAAAACAACCUGAUAAUCACCUAGCGCUGAAAAAGGAUAACUGAUGCGGUCAUAGCUGGUCCUUGCUGCCUUGCUUAUCCAGCCGGUCACAGCUCACCGGUCACUCACCAAGCCCUCAGUAUGGCGACAGCAGCAGUGUGCAUAGUCAUCACCCGUCAUGGCUUUAUGUACAUGCAGUGUCUUCAGUCAGUAGGGAUCUGUCUAUCCUGGUGAUGCCAUCUGUCCUUAUUCAAAGAGAGGACAACCUUCAGUAAAAACAACUAAAAGACUCCUUCUAUGGACUGGCCUUUUACAUUUACCUACUGUAGUAUCGUACUGUGUUUUGAUGUGGGUUCGACGUGGAAAGUUCUGAGAAAAAAAAAGGACGAAAAAAAUGAAACUCUAGACCCUUCAUUUUGCAUGAGUAGAACCUGUAAAUGUAAGUUAGUGUGAUGCAUGUGUUUUUGUCUCCAUUUCAGUUACCUGUUCCCUAAAAUCAGAGAUUUUAUGUUGUAUUGCUAAUUGUGGAAGUUCCCUUUAUAUUUGUUUGCAUUUCCUCAGAAAAAAAAAAAAGAAUAAUAACAAAGUAUUUUUUAUUUUAUUUUGUACUAUGCUCUAUAGAAUCAAAUGCACUGGUGUUGUAUGUGGAGUGCCAACAGAGAGGGACGAGGUACCAGUGUUACACAGCAUUUGAGGGAUCAUAUCUUUUACACAAUGCUCCUGUUCUACACAAAGACAAAUUAUUUAUAUGUAUGUAUCUUUUACCAGUGCCAUAAUUAAAACAUCUUUAAAAAAAGAAAAAGAAAACAGCCUUAUGUGAUUUGGAGAGAGAGGGAAAUGAAACUGUAUACAGAUCUAUAUAUGAAGGGUGUAUGCAUGUGUGCGUGUAUGUAAUUGAGUCCUUCUGAUGACAUAUCGGAUUUAACAGUGUACAUUUUCACAAACAAAAAAAGAAUACUAGGUUCAUUUACAGUUAAGUUACAAUGCUGAUUGUGUGAGGCAAAUGACAGUAUAAUGAAUAUGGUCCCUUUGAGAUGCUGUUCUUUGAAUACAUUGUAAAAUACAGUGCAAUUUGAUGGUCACACAGAUACAUGUAUAGUUGCUUCUCUCUUUGGACUAGCUAUAUGGCUUCUAUUGGACCACAUUUUUUGUCUUUGUUUUCAAACAUGUAGAUACUCCAUUUUAUUUGCAUUUAAAGGUAUAAACACAUUUUAAAAACUGUUACUUAAUUCUGUAAGUAAUUUUUAUAAUUAUUAUGUAAGUCUAUCCUUAUAACAUUAAAAAUAAAAACGUUAUG